GAAAUCAUAUGUUCCACCCCAUUUUUUAGUUUGGUGUUGGUGCCAACCCUUUGCUGAGCACUUCCUCGUUGCAACUCUAUACUGACUCGCUGGAUCUUGCUUCGUCAACUCAUUCCGAGUUCUUAGCGACUCGGUUCCGUUUCUCCGCUAUCAACUUCUUCUUCCUUUCCUCUUUCAAAUUAGGGUUUUCUUCCAACUUUCGAUCGCCGCUUUCUACUCGUCUUCAACAAUCACUGGUUUGAUUUAUAUCAUUCGAGUGUUUUCUGAGUAAAUUUGGGGGUUUUCUGAUAAGCAUGGUUAUUUGUUCAGAAUUACCUCCUUGGAGCUUUCAAGCCUGCUUGUCAUAUAUCGAUUACAUUUGCUGACGAAAAGAAUCGGAAAAAGGUCCCAAUCAAGAAAGAAAAUGGUCAAACUGUCAUGGUCCCACUUUUUCAAAGUCAGCAGAAUAUUGUUGGACAGAUCUCUGUAGAGCCCGUUCAAGGGAAGAAAAUCGAGCACAAUGGCAUAAAAGUGGAACUUCUUGGCCAAAUAGAGAUGUAUUUUGACAGGGGGAACUUUUACGACUUUACCUCUCUAGUUCGUGAAUUAGAUGUUCCCGGUGAAAUAUACGAAAGAAAAAUAUAUCCUUUUGAAUUUUCCACUGUUGAAAUGCCGUAUGAAACAUAUAAUGGGGUGAAUGUGAGACUUAGAUAUGUCCUCAAAGUAACUAUCAGUCGAGGUUAUGCUGGAAGUAUAAUGGAGUACCAUGACUUUGUGGUUCGCAACUAUUCUCCACUACCAUCGAUCAACAAUAGCAUCAAGAUGGAAGUUGGAAUUGAAGAUUGUCUACAUAUUGAGUUUGAAUACAAUAAAAGCAAGUACCAUUUGAAGGAUGUAAUCAUAGGCAAGAUAUAUUUUCUUCUUGUCCGAAUCAAGCUAAAAAACAUGGAUCUUGAGAUCAGGCGUCGAGAGUCUACUGGUUCUGGUGCAAAUACACAUGUUGAGACAGAGACUCUCGCCAAAUUUGAGUUGAUGGAUGGGGCUCCAGUCAGAGGUGAAUCAAUUCCUAUUAGACUCUUCCUAAGUCCGUAUGAGUUGACUCCUACACAUCGCAACAUCAACAACAAAUUUAGCGUCAAAUACUAUGUCAAUCUUGUUCUUGUUGAUGAAGAAGAUCGUCGGUAUUUCAAGCAACAGGAAAUUACAUUAUACCGCCUUGCAGAGAAUUCUAGUUAGCUAUCCUUUUAAAGUUCUACCAUUGGUGAUCUACUGAUUCUUAAUAGGGAGUGAAACAUCUGUUUUAAAUAUCUGGCACUGCUUUGAGUUUACUCUUUCUUUCUGGAAAGGGUUUGGUCUUGCUGUAUCUUCAACUCUUCGCGAUAUAUUCUUUUUCUUUUUUAUUUUUUGGACCGGUUUUUCUCUGUUCUUCAUAUUUGAUGUGUUUCAUCUACAUUAAGUGUGUUACAUCAUAUGCUGUCUUGAAAUUGUCUCCAAACUUAUUUGCAUUUCUGAACCUAUUUUGAAUGCCGCCCCAUUUUGGUUUUCCAA